AAAGCGCUCCGCCGCUCCCAGUUGCUACCGGGGCCGGGUGCGCGCCUCCGGCUCGGGCUGAGCGGAAGACGCGUGGAGCUGUGCGGCGACCCGCGGGCUGUGCAGAAUGGUUUUCAUUUAGUUAACAAGUAUUUGUUGAAUUCCAUGCUGCAUAAGACACAGGGAUAAGGAAGAUCUGUCAAGAAUUAUGCUCUUGGAGAGUUGACUGCUAGGAGGGAUAGCUUCACUGAAAAGUGCAUCUAUGAUGUGUGUUUUUGAAAUAGAAGUUAAACUUUGAUUUGAAUGAAAAAUGUCCCUGAAUACACAUAUAUUUCUCAAAGAAAGGGAAGAAGAGAAUUCAAAAUUUGUGGAAAUACAACAGUCACAAACUACUUCCAUAGCUGCAGAAGAUCCUCUUCAAAACUUAUGCUUAGCAUCUCAAGAAGUUCUUCAAAAAGCUCAGCAAAAUGGAAGAUCAAAAUGUCUUAAGUGUGGUGGUUCAAGAAUGUUUUACUGCUAUACCUGUUAUGUCCCAGUUGAGAAUGUACCUACUGAACAGAUACCACAUGUAAAGCUUCCAUUGAAGAUUGACAUCAUUAAGCAUCCGAAUGAAACAGAUGGCAAAAGCACUGCUAUACAUGCAAAACUCUUAGCACCUGAAUUUGUAAAUAUUUAUACAUAUCCUUGUAUUCCAGAAUAUGAAGAAAAGGACCAUGAAGUUGCACUUGUUUUUCCUGGACCUAGGUCUGUCUCAGUAAAAGAUAUUUCUUUUCAUCUGCAAAAACGGAUUGAAAAUGGUGUUAGAAGCCGAAAUGAUGACCUUGACAAGCCAUCCAUUAAACGCAAGAAAACUGAAGAACAGGAUUUGAAUGAUAACAAGUGCAAAGAGACACCACUAAAAAAAAUUGUAUUUAUAGACAGUACCUGGAACCAAACAAACAAAAUAUUCUCUGAUGAGAGACUUCAAGGAUUGCUACAAGUCGAGUUGAAAACAAGAAAAACUUGCUUUUGGCGCCAUCAGAAAGGAAAGCCAGAUACCUUCCUUUCCACAAUUGAAGCCAUUUACUACUUUCUGGUAGACUAUCAUACUGAUGUAUUAAAAGAGAAAUACAAAGGACAAUACGAUAAUCUUUUAUUUUUCUACUCUUUUAUGCACCAGUUGAUAAAGAAUGCCAAAAGCCCUGGAGACAAGGAAACAAGAAAAAUUACCCAUUAGUUUUUAAUGUCACUUAUGUCAUUUUAUUUUGCUGCAAUCAAUAAAAUCAUAAUUGUGCUUUGUUUAUUCCUAGGAAAUA